UGCUGCUCUUUUAUCUACCACAUAGAGGCUGAAAUCAGAUAUGUUUUAGCUCUAUUUGAUCAUUCUAAAAAUAAACCACCUUCACAGUGUUUCAUUUCAUCUUUGACGAGCUCCACACAUCUGUACGAUGAUGCGAUUGCUGUAAUAAUAGACUGGAAAAGUUGUCACAAGCAUUUUCAUCAGAGCUCAAGAAAGUUCCCACCUCUACCAGAAAAUGUCUUCGACAUUUUUUUGUUUUUUUUUAAACUCUGCUUUAAACCCCGAGGCAUUUCCUCUUCAGUCUGGGUUAAGGAGGGAUGGCUGACACAAACUCUCUCCACCUUUUUCUUAAUUGCAUGCUGUCAGUUGAAACAGACAGAAAAUAUGUACUCAGGCCGGACUGUUUAAAUAGUUUGCGGUCUUUGCCAGUGUAGGGUUUCAGAAGUGGGGCAUGCCAGGUUUGACCACUGUGUCAACUGGAUCAAACUGGAUCGAUCCGUCACAGAUUCUGACCUUUGACUAUACUGGGCAGGGGUUGCAAGGAGACAGAGACACAGCCUAAUAGGAUCAUUGAACUGCUGCAUGUACUCUGGAGAAAAUAAUGAAAUUUUACAUCACCGUUCUCUCUAGAACUGGUCACUGUGGGUCAUUUAUAAGAUCAAGUCAUGUGUAUCUGGAAUUUCUUGUGACGUAGCGCGCUAAGAUGUGCACAAUGUACAUGUGACGUAACCAAAUUUGAUUCACCAAUCCGUUUAUUUUACAUCACUCCUAUAUCUGCUGUCGUUUUUCACCCUGUGUGUUGAUAAAAUUGAAAAACAUUCAGUUCAGAUUAGUAUCACAGGUUUAAUAGUUUAUAGGUCACACCUGUUAACACAGAAGACGAAAUGUUGCCUCAUGACUGCACAUGGCCCGAGCUGAGCCCAUCACAGUCUCACCUGACCUAUCAGGGGUGUGGCAAACACAGUAGCUCUAUAAAUAAAAGCAUGCCAAGAAUGUCAUUUAUAACAGGGACAAACCCUCUCCACGGAGCCGCAGCACUCGCAGACCAAACCUACCUGGCAGGAUCACCAUGCUCAGAUCACACCUGCUCCUUCAGCCCAUCUCCUGCAUGCCGCUGCUGCUGCUGCUGCUGCUUGUCUCCACCUCAGGGGAAGGCCGGCCUCACGUGGCCCAUGAAGGCACACCUUAUGUGGACAGGGUGGACAGCCAGAGGGCGCUCCUUCUGGAGGCGGUGAAGAUGGGGAUCCUCAACUCAUUAGGUUUGGACAGUGAGCCCAGGCCGACCCGAAAGGCCUCGGAGCAGGAGCUGAGGACGAUGUACGAGCUCUAUAGGGAGAAACUGAGAGAGAUGAGAGGGAAUUCAAGUCAGCCAGUGGGGGAAACAAGGCGAUCCACCAUGUCUACUGUGCUCUUUCCAGUGAAAGAUCUCAAAGUGCUUCGGAGGAGAAAACACUCAAAGUCAGGUCAUCACAUGCAGUGGUACAGAGCUGUUUUCCACAAGAACCCAAACAUCCAGACUGAACUGAGUCUCGCUCGCGCACAGCUGAAGAUUUCCUGGCAGAUUUUAGACAGACUCACUCCAGCUCUGAGUAAGAUUAAAGUUAAAGUCAACAGGAGGAAGCCGACUGUCCACACAUACACGGACUCUGUGGUUCAGACUAAUGUCUCGAGCAGUGAGGACGUGAUACUGGACAUCAGCACUGAGGUGGAGACGUGGAUGAACGCUGAUAUUCGGUCCCUGGUUGUGGAUGUUGGGAUGGUUGUUGCAGACAGAGACGCUCUCAAUCUAAAUCCAACCAUUUCUCUGGAGUUAGGCCUCCAGCAGCCCAACAUGCCUGCUCAGAGGUCGAGGUCGCGUCGCUCCAACAAGGAAGACGAGUGCGAUGAACGAGGAUGGUGCUGCAGGAAGUCGGUUACUGUGUCCUUCAAAGACAUUGGCUGGGCAGACUGGGUGGUGGCUCCCGACGAGUACAUGAUGCAUUUUUGUGACGGCAGCUGCCCCCACAACUACAAGCCGGCGAGCAUGCACACGCAGGUCAAGUCUCGGCUGCACCAGGUCAGCAAUGGAGCGACGCCUCGGCCCUGCUGUGUGCCGGCGGCCUACGAGCCCUUGGUGCUUAUGCAUUACGACAGCAGGGGAAAGCUGAAACUGACUCCUUUCAACGACCUCAUUGUCAGUAAAUGUCACUGUGCCUAAAAAAAAAUUCAAAUACUAACUUUUGGUAACAUUUUGCCAAUAUAUAAACUAUGUUACACGGUGAAAGACAGAUUGAGUUCUUAAAGGAGUUAUUUUUAUCAGAGCUACUUAAUUGGUGCUUUAGCAAAUUGAAAACUGCAAAUAUCCACUUUUAUUUUAUUGUGAAAAACAUGUUACUCCUACUGUCAAAACUGCAGAUCUCUGCAUUCAUUCUUUGUGUUUAAACUUAUAGUUAUUUAUUUAAAUUCUAUUUAUGGUCAUAUUUGUGUUGUUUUUUUGCUGAUGAUGUGUAAUGUCAUAACAUAUUUUAGUACCAUUUGUUAUUUAAUUGUAUUGGACUGUAUUGAUUGCUUCAUGAAGUUGAGAUAUUUUGUUUGCUGUCUUAUACAUUUCACUUAUAUGAACAUUAAAA